AUGAUACUAUUGCUGUUUGCAUUUCCAGCAAAUAUUAUCGCAGACUAUCAGAGACAAUGCUUCCCCUCUCGUCCACCAGAGUCAGAGGGAACUAUUUUUCUUCGAAAUUAUCAACCCAAAAUGUUUUGCAGCGCUACUUUAUCCGCUCCGAACGCUCAUGGAAUUCAUCUGGAUUUCGAUGAUAUUGCCUUGGAAUAUAAUCAUAUUUACCUUUUGGAUUACUUGGUGAUCUUUGACGGUCCGGACUGUAUGGCACCACGGCUUGCAGUUGCUUAUGGACAUAGAAACCAACUGUCACUAAGCUCUCAGCAAAACAAAGUGUCGUUGCUAUUCAUCAGCGAUUAUAAUACCCAGAAUGCUGGUUUCAAACUCAAAUACAGACCAGGUGCGGUUGAAGAUCAAUGGAAAAAGAAUAACUAUGUAUACCCUAAUUUCCACCAGAACAUUCUACACAAUUGCGGAACAGAGCUGAAUGCUAACACAUCGAAUAUAAUUUUCUGGAGAGGAUUGAAUAAAGCCAAUACGUUAUGCAUCUGGCGAAUCACGAACGACAUAGGAAGCACAAUCACAUUGAAGAUUGAAGAACUACAGAUAAAAUCGAGGUCAGGAUUUCUCAGAAUAUUGGACGGACCUGAUUGCGGUGCAAAAGUGAUAUACACUUUCGAAAAGAGUAACCGUACAAUAUCCCACACAAUCCAGGGUUCUUCAAAUGCGAUGAUGGUUGUCCUCUCAGUACCUGGCGAAAAAGGGUCUGUAUUCAACGCAACAAUAUCGUUCAAUAUGAAUGUUCCUUGCUUUCCGUCACAUCCAACUGAAUCAAUUGGAAGGAUUGAAAUUCGUAAUUAUCAGCCGAAAAUGUUCUGUAGCGCUACACUCUCCGUCCCUUAUGCAUCGGGAAUUCACCUGGAUUUCGAUGAAAUUUCCUUGGAAUAUAUGUACGACUACCUGAUCAUCUUUGACGGUCCGGACUGUAUGGCCCCACGGAUUGCAAUGGCGUCCGGCUCAAAUCAUCAAAUGGCAAUUAGCGCACAACAAAACAAAGUCUCGUUGUUAUUCAUCAGUGACCAUAAUGUAGAGAAAGCUGGUUUCCAUCUCAAAUACAGACCAGAAAAGCUGCAUGAUCAAAAGAAAACGAGGAAAGACACCAAUCUUAAUGACAACUAUUUGCUGCACAAUUGUGGUACGGAGUUGAAUACAAGCACAUCGAAUGUCAUUUACUGGAAAGGAUUGCUUGCAGGAAACAAUUUAUGUAUCUGGAGAAUCACGAACGACCAAGGAGGUACAAUCACACUAAAGGUUCAAGCACUGCAGGUGAACAGGGGUCUUUAUUCAACGCGUCGUUUUCCUUCCAAAUACAAAGCCAUUGCCUACCAACGCAACCAAGAGAAUCAGAAGGAUGUAUAG